GCAGUGUGUAGGUGAAUGUGGAUCGCACCUCUUCAGGUGCAGAGUAUCGAUAGUGCGAAUCGUGCAUUUUCACAGCAAGCGGGGUGAGGUAUUGGAAGCCACUAAGGCGGAAGAGAAAAAGGUCGAAUUGAAGUGAAUGAAAAUUUUGUGCGGUGCACUAGAGUGUGAAUCCAGUUUUCACUAACAUAAAGUGGUGACGAAAGUAGUGAAUGGAAGUAGUUGUGACCGGAAGGCUGUUGAAAGUUUCGUUUUGUUAAGCUGUGCGGUGCUGUGGCAUUCAACACAGUACGUUUAGUGAGUGCCGAAGUUGGGUUAAAUGGUGUUUCCAACUUGCGACAUCAUUUGUAAAAGUUCAAGUUUGUCGUAAGCCAUCGGAUAAGGAAUCACAAAUCGAUUGUGGAGCAAGCUUUGGGAGUACAAAAGAUACAGAACUGUUUGCACGCCCCGAUGCCCGUAGCAAGGUGAAUCCUGCGGAACCGUGAAACCUUAUCGGAAAUCUGACGAAUCCUUUUGUGAACCAAACUGCAAGCGUAUACAGCAGUAAGGCAGAGUGCACUCCUGCAAAACUCCGCAACACACAAACACGGCCGGCCAAUUGAUCCAACGAGACUGACAUUUAGCGCAAAUAGGCCAUCGCGGCCAUUGGUAUACAGUGGUUGGCGAAGCAAUUGCGGUGCUGAUUGUUGUCCGACGGCGGCGGGGCAUCAUUUAAAUACAUCGAAAUAAGUCAGCCGCUCGGAGGGCUCCGGUGGCCGUCGCGCGGCUGCGGAGGGUGUGUUUGCAAAUUGAUUUGACUUCAGCCGGGGUGCAUUCGCGGCGCUACAAUAGUCUGGGGGGAACCGAAAGGCCCACGGGAGCGAAUCGGAACCUUUUCUGUGGAACACCAGAAGAGCGGACGGUUUGUGUUGCGGGAUAAAUUAGUAACAACGUGAGUGCGAGCAGCACCUUAUACACCACAAAAAUGUCACAUCACAGCGACGAUCAGCUGCUGCAGGCCGGUAGCGAUUCCUUCUGGGAGCUGAAUAACUACAAACGGACCACCAAGCGGAUAGAGGACGGAUACAAACUCUGCACAGAACUGCAAACCCUGAUCCAGGAGCGUGCCGAAAUCGAGAAAGCAUAUGCCAAAAAUUUGAAAGCCUGGUCAAAAAAGUGGGGCGAACUGAUUGAGAAAGGGCCAGAGUAUGGAACCACGGAAGCCGCCUGGAAGGGAAUGCUCACCGAAGCCGAACGACUAUCGGAUUUGCACCUGAAGAUUAAGGCAAACCUUUGCACGGAUGUCACGCUUCAAAUUAAAGAAUGGCAGAAGGAUAAUUACCACAAGUCAAUGAUGCAAAUCAAGGAACGCAAAGAAAUGGAGGACCAGUUCAAACGGGCACAGAAACCGUGGGCCAAACUGCUGGCAAACGCGGAGAAAGCGAAAGCCGACUACCAUGCGGCCUGUAAAAUGGAAAAAUCGGCCACCAAUCAGGAACGCAACGCCACCAGCGACUCGUCGAUGUCCAACGAUCAGCUAAAAAAGAUGCACGAACGGGUACAGAAACUAAAGGAUGACGUGCAAAAAUGUCGCGAUCGGUACGAGCAGACGCUGAACGAGAUCAAAGAGUACAAUCCCGUGUACAUCGAGAACAUGACGAGCGUGUUUCGAAAGUGCCAGGAAAUGGAGGAGACGCGACUGUGGUUUUUCAAGAACGUCCUGUUCUCGAUACACAAAUGUCUAAACAUUUCCGAAGAUCCGAGUUUGCCGCAGAUCUACAAGGAGUUUCACCACACGAUCAACAAUGCCGAUCACCAGAAGGACCUGAAGUGGUGGUCCAACAAUCACGGUGUCAACAUGGGCAUGUGUUGGCCAACGUUUGUGGAGUACACGGAAGAAUUCCGCGACAUUGCGAAGGGAAUCAAAUCCAAAGAAGCUUUACCCGCAGCGCCGAUCACGCUCAUUCAUCAGCGACCCGUUGCCGAAGAUGUGCAUGAGUAUCCACCACCAGCGGCAAACAACAACAAACUCGGUGGAGGCAAUCGUUCCUCGACGGCACUCAGCAUUAGCAACGCGACCAGCAACAAUCGCACCACACCGACGCCGAACAACGACUCACCGAAAUCGGAAACCGCCUCAACGAAGAAUGAACCGACCACGACGCCAACGCGGAACUCGCCCGGCCGAGUCGCUCCGGCAGUUGGCGCGGUUGUUACCAAUGGAAACUCCGGAACGAACGGUAAAGCGAAUGAUAGUAAUCCCUUCGAGGAGGAGGAAGAGUGGGACGAAGGCGACGGUAACGAUAAUCUGCUGGUGGACAACGGAGAACCUGGAGUCCCGGUAAAGGCACUCUACGAUUACGAAGGGGCCGAAAGUGAUGAACUAACCUUCAAACAAGGAGAUUUAUUCGAAAAGCUGGAAGAUGAAGACGAACAAGGCUGGUGCAAGGGACGAAAGGAUGGCCGAGUUGGACUGUACCCUGCAAACUAUGUUGAGUUGGUUGCGACGUAAAUGUUUCUCGGAAAGCUCACCUUUGAAUGGCCACAUGUCGCCAAGAAGCCGCCACAGAGAGAUUGCCUUUGCACUCCUUGCGGGAAUGGAAGUGGGACAUAAGUUCUCCGGAAAAAGUACACGAGAUAUGUCAACGUAACCGACCGUAAAGUGUAGAUCGCAAAGUGCUUUUUAGAAGAAUGAUUUUUACGCGCGACUAAAGUUCAUGAUAGUGGUGCUCUGUUGCGCACCACGUUGAGGAGCAUGUGUGGUAAAGGUAGUGAGAACCGAGUAUCAUCAUAGUCACAAUCUUAAAAAAUAGACGGCAUAACACAGGGAAAACAGUGAUCAUGUUUGCGCAUUAAUGUCCGCCUUGGUAUAUGAAGCAUUUGCUUCAGCAUUUUAUUUUUGUCUUUGUCAGGGCCUCGAAUACCAGGCAGUGAAAGUGUGAGGCGACAGGUUGUUCGGUUGGAUUUGUGUGGGGUUGCUGAAAGAAACUCGAUAACCACUAGUUUGACGGACAGAAUUCAUUUUGAACUGCAAACCUCACGAAGGUAAACUUUUGUAUGAAAUUUUGGAAAAAGAUGUUACAGGGCGAAGAUAAUGGAAGUAAAAGGCCAUAAUAUUGACGAAAGUCCAUCACAACACUCACUUUAAGUUUCCAUGUAAAUGUAGCGCCCUCACUUUAUUUCCAUUAGUUCUCGGUCAAUUUGAUGUCUCGAUCCAAUAACACGAUGCUCGGAUUUCGUCUAGAGAGUAUUUGGUAGAAAUAGCGGAACAAUACGUGGUGCGGUUUUUCUAUUGGUACAUUUUCGCUUUGAAACAAAUUUUCGCCUUCUACAAACAUAAAAAACGGACGUCAGGAGGGUUUUUUGCUCAAAGAAUUGAGAAGUUUAUUACAUCCUUUUGGGUCUUACAAACCAUUGAUUCACUUCGUUAUUCUUGCUCCCAUCGGAAUGGAGCAACGUUUAUCAGGAAUAUAAAAUAUUGCCCCAAGCAGAUUUUUAGUUUACCGUUUACCGGUUUUUGUUCAACUUUUGCCACAUUCACCCAAUUUUCUAGUUGCGUGUCACAUUUUUAUAGACCCACCUCAAUACGCUACAAUUUGCAAAACUGUAAGAAGUGUGUACGGUUCUAAACUUUCGUCAUAUCGUAGAAUCUAGUUCGGUGGUUAUUUUUGAUAAUCUGUACGAGAUUUUAUUGGAAAAUGUGCAAACUUUUUAAAAUAAAACCAAUUGUGAAUUCUCCCACCACCUCCAGCAAUAUACGUCACAAUUGAAUGAAGUGUAAAGGUAUAUCAAUUCAUGUAAGAAAAUUAUCGCAAAGCCUAAACAAAUUCAAUUGAAGCAAUGUUUAGAAACCACUUUUAUAUUUUCGAGCCUCGGGAUUUUCGUUUUAAUGGUUCUAAGUUUACAAUAAUGCAGCUACGAAGUGAAAGAAAACAAAAGCGAAAAGCGGUCGUGGAAAUGGCAGCGAUCAACGGAUUCUCGGUGAGCAACGCUCUUGCAAGCAUAAGAAUCGCUAGUUUCGCCUUACGUUGUUGCGUUGAAAGAAAACUUUUAAAAUUACCUGUUAUUUUAUUGUUAUCGCAGGACUUGUCAAUGAUAGAUGAACAUAAUAAGAGCGAUUCUAAACUGACGUAUGUUAUAUGAAAUCAAAUAUGCAUGAAUUACGGAGCAAAAUAAGAACAUACAUCAACUAAAGUAGCGGUGCGAUGAGCAAGUCGUAUUAGUAGUGCUCUAAGGGUAGGGUGUAGCAAUGGUAGCGUUCAGUAGUGGUAAUAAUGGUUCAAACUGCGUUGAAACAGGAUGAUUUGCUAAUGGAAAGCAAAACGAAAUGUUGUGUAUUAUAUUAAGUUUGAGGACAAAAAUAUAUAACGAAAUAUAUUAAGUAGCGUUGCGUUGUACCGUAGAUCGC